AUGGAAGAAAAUCAAAUUUAUGUAAAUCUCAGUGCUGAGAAACGAAUACCCAAGUCUGACCUCCUGUUGCUCCUUCGCACCUACAACUGCUACCAUGAAGGCAAGAACUUUCAGUUGAGGGUUCAUGAGGAGGAGGGGGGUCUCAUCCUGGAGGGUUUGCUGAACAUCCACUGGGGUCUGCACCGGCCAAUCCGGCUUCAAAUGUACGACGACAACGAAAGACUACGUCUCAACCGGUACGGCAGGAAUAAAACUGCAAAACAACAAUCAACAGAGUCAAACAAUAACGCUUUUAGCCGGGAAAAUGGACCAGCAGGCGACAUGGAGGGCCUACAGGAGGAAGAGGAGUCUCCACAGUUGCUGAGAACCAGAAGUGAUGCUUCUUUCAUGCAUGUCCAGAGGAGGUCAAGGACAAACACCGCCAGAGACCUGCAGCGUUUACGUACACACAGGUUCUCCAUUAAUGGACACUUCUACAAUCACAAGACAUCUGUGUUCACGCCGGCCUUUGGUUCUGUCACAAAUGUGCGAGUAAACAGUGCCAUGACGACGGUACAAGUGCUUAAUAUGCUGCUACAAAAGUUUAGGGUGGAAAAUAAAUCAGAAGAGUUUGUUCUUUACAUGGUCCACGAGUCUGGCGAGCGGACCCAAUUGAGGGAAAGUGAAUACCCGCUGGUGACCCGUGUGCUUCACGGACCUUGUGAGAUGAUCUCCAAAAUCUUCAUCAUGGAAGCUGAUCUUGGAGAGGAAGUCACCUAUGAUGUUGCCCAAUACAUCAAGUUUGAGAUUCCAGUUUUGGACAGCUUUGUGGAGAAGUUAAAAGAGGAGGAGGAGCGGGAGAUAAACAAACUGACAAAAAAGUACAUCGCACUGAGGUCAAUGAUUGUGCAUCAGUUGGAAAGGAAAACACACUCCUGUGACCCAAUAUAA